AUGUUUCUCUUUAUAUCACAUCAUCUAGAGGAUGAUGUUCAUAGUUUAUACUCAUUGUCAAAUGGAAUUAUUUUUCUUGUAUUAUUAAGUGUCACUGCAUUGGUGGCAAUUGCUUCUCCAGUAUUGAAGAGAAAAAAUGUAACGCUUCCGCUUGAAGCUUGGACUCCUUACACAUUAGACUCGAAUGUUUUGUUUUCUGUUACCUAUGUUUUUCAAUGCAUUGCCCUGGUGAUGACUGCAUGUACAUCAGCUUCUGUGGAGGGUUUGGUUUUAACGUUUGUACUCCAAACUUGUGCUCAACUUGAGUUACUUUUUCAUCGUCUUGAAUUAAUUCCUUAUUUACUGAAAGAUUACAAGAUGCAUUCUGAGUUUUGGAUAGAUGAAUCGAAUCUUAUUACGGAUUGUAUAAAAAAUCAUAUGCACAUUUAUAUGAUAGGCGAUCGAUUGAACAACGUAUUUGGACUUGUGAUUUUCACGCAAUUUUUUUCGUCCAUGAUUAGUCUUUGUGCCGUUGUUUACGAACUUUCAUGCCUAAGUUUAUCUAAUUCAACAUUUUGGCUGAUGCUGUCCUGUAUGAGUAGUGUUAUUAUGCAAACAUUUCUUUACUGCUUCUAUGGAGAGAAAAUAAUUCAAAAGAGCACGGAAGUUUCAUAUGCUAUUCAGCAAAUGGAUUGGACUGUGUUGACGAAUCGCGGAAGGAAGAAUUUACUGAUCAUGAUGAUACGUGCAUCCCAACCGAUAGAGUUGCGUGGUUCGUCUAUGGUUGUAAUGUCAUUCAAGACAUUUGUAGAAAUCACAAAGUCUGCAUAUUCAGCGUACAACUUACUAAGUGCCACCCUUACCGAAUUCGUCAGUCCAAAGAUAGUUGUCUUGAUGAGUAAGUCUAAACCAAUACAGUGCCAAUCAUCAAACAUCUUCAUCGACUACAUGCCAAUAAUAGUAGAAGAAAGUACUGCAGUUGCAGAUGCAGUUCAUCAGAUGAAUUGGAUUUUAUUAACGAACAGAUCAAAAAAGGAUCUUUUAAUCAUUAUGACUCGAGCAAUUAGUCCCAUAAAGUUAACUGUUUCAGCAGUUGCUGUAAUGUCCAUAAAAACGUUUGUAAAGUUGUCGAGAUUAGAUUCACAAAAUCCGACAUACUGGAUAAUGGUAGCUUCUGUAGGAUCUUCUCUGACGCAGACAUUUUUGUACUGUCUGUAUGGUGAAAUACUUAUUCAGAAGAGUACAGCAGUGUCAAAUGCAAUUUACGAAAUUAACUGGAUCAGCUUUUCGCACAAAACAAAGAAAGCUCUUACUGUAAUGAUGUUGCGAACAUCUAAACCCAUAAGUCUCUCUGGUGCAUCUGUUGUUGUUAUGUCGAUAAAAACUUUUAUGAAUAUCAUCAAAUCAGCUUACUCUGCCUACAAUCUUCUUGGUAGCACUAAAUAAAUAGAUAUAAUUUUACUGGAAUCGAAAAUUCAAAGCUCACCUAUUUUCUGACAUAACAAAAUUGUGAUUUAUUUAUUUCAAC